CCACUCUAGCAGCCGAUAGGUGAUAAGCCCAUUAAUAGGCCCAACAACUUAUAUUGAAGUGGCAAAAAAGACUGGAGUUUCUUCCAAGCCACCGUCGAGUUUACUUACUAUCUCUCUCUCUUUCCUCCGUCUCAGAUUUCUUCUCCGUUCGGAAAACUCCAGUCUUCUUCUCUCAGAAAACCCUAAUCUUCCCGAUGUCGAUCUUCGAGUACAAUGGAAGCGCCGUUGUGGCUAUGGUUGGGAAGAACUGCUUCGCCAUCGCCAGUGAUCGUAGACUCGGUGUGCAGCUCCAGACAAUCGCCACUGAUUUCCAGAGAAUCUCCAAGAUCCACGAUCGCGUCUUCAUCGGCCUCUCUGGUCUCGCCACCGAUGUGCAAACACUGUACCAGCGAUUGGUGUUUCGUCAUAAGCUGUAUCAGCUUCGUGAAGAGAGAGACAUGAAGCCUGAGACUUUUGCUAGUCUUGUCUCCGCCAUUCUUUACGAGAAAAGAUUUGGUCCUUACUUAUGCCAACCAGUGAUUGCUGGCUUGGGAGAAGAUGACAAGCCCUUUAUUUGCACCAUGGACUCCAUUGGAGCCAAGGAGUUAGCUAAAGAUUUUGUUGUCUCUGGAACUGCUUCAGAAUCUCUGUAUGGUGCCUGUGAAGCUAUGUACAAGCCAGAUAUGGAAGCUGAGGAACUAUUCGAGACAAUAUCGCAAGCACUUCUGUCGUCAGUUGACCGUGAUUGUCUGAGUGGUUGGGGAGGGCAUGUCUACGUUGUGACACCAACGGAGAUUAAAGAGAGGAUCCUAAAGGGAAGGAUGGACUGAUCCAAUUUGCCAUCAUCAUCUGCUUCUAUCCAAAAUUGUUUUUUCGCGUGUAAUCCGGUUUUAAUCAUAGAACCAUUCAUUCUCUCAAGUUAUGACUUGUGGAUGAAGUUUGAAUUUCCCCCCUCUUUGGAUUUUUUUUUUAAUUCCUAGAAGUUAACGCAUGCACUGUACUCACUGGUUUCUAUUUUAAUUUUAUUUUUACCAAAAAAAAUAAUUUAAA